GCAAAUCCUGCCGUAUUCUCCUCCUCCGUCGUCCUCGUAGACGGGACCACAUUUUUUCCCUGCCGAUGGCAAUGUACGGUCUUCACAACGCCAGCUUUUCUGGCUUCGGUCUGGUCACUCCGUCUCCAGAACCCUUCGGUCAUCUGGUUUUGCUCGGAGAUUUGAUCGCUGAUCGGUGGCGGAUCAAUGGCAAACACUUUUCUCCCACUCCUUAAAAAGUUGUUUGGCUAUUCUGGAAAGGGAGAUAAGCAGAGUUUGGAGUACGAAGAGCCACUGGAGUCCGUCAUCGACGAGCAACGCCGCGAAUUCACGGCGGCCGAAACCCUAGAAUCCGACCUCCGCUUCGCCUUAGACCUCCAAAUGCAAGAAGCCAUAUCAGCUUCACACUCCGAAACCUCCAAGCCUUCCACCUCUUCUCCUCCUCCUCCUCCGCCGCAUUUCGAUGUCGACGGCUACGAAGGCUUCGACUACAAGGGCCUCCUUUUGGAGAAUCUCGCCCGUUUCGGACAGGAUCGGUUCAAUCAGUUGCAAAGCGAAACCCUAAUUCGGUCAAUGAAAGAAGACCUCGACCGUCAAACUCACGAUCAGAAGUUCGCUUGCGAGAUUAUGAAUAUUCCGGAGGACCAGUGGGCGAAAACUGGAGACCACAUUCACAGGCCUUACGGAGAUGGAGAGGGUAAGGAGACUGAGAGCCUCAGAAUGUAUUGUAAGGGUAUUGUGAGCGAAGAGAGGAUCAAGGACAUGAGGGUGUCUGUGGCGUCCAUUGGUGUGGCAAUUUGUGAUUUCCAGGAUAAUCUCUUGUUUGAGAUGAAGAGAGGUUUGGAAAAUGGUGAGAUGCUCACUAAUGAGGGAGCCGAACUUGAGGCUCUGGUAGCCGGGUUAGAGGCGGCUGUGGCUUUGAAUUUGGAAAGGGUGAACUUUUUGUGUGAUAACUAUAUGGUAUAUCAAUAUGUCUCAGGCAGGUUGCUAGCAAAUCAGAGCAAGAUUGCAACCUUGGUCAACAAGGUGAUUGAUUUCAAAAAAGGAUUCACCUUUUGUGAAGCUACGUACGUCAGUCCGAAUGAAAUCAAGUUCGCCUUCAAACUUGCAAGAGAGGCCAUAAUUUCUCAAAUUUCAUGGUCUGUAGAAACUGGGGCUGGGAAGAGUUUGAAGGAGACUUGUGCCAUCUGCUUUGAAGACAUUGAUGUCACUAGGAUGUUUUUGAUUGAUGGGUGUCUGCAUAGAUAUUGCUUCUCUUGUAUGAAACAGCACGUGGAAGCAAAGUUACUUGCUGGGAAGAUGGCUGAGUGUCCUCAUGAAAGCUGUAAGACUACUAUCGACGUUGAUAGCUGUGGCGAAUUUGUCGAUCUUCAUUUAGUUGAGAUCAUCAGCAAUCGCAUGGAGGAGGCAUCUAUAGCGGUUACCGACAAAGUUUAUUGCCCAUAUCCCAAAUGCUCUCAUUUAAUGUCGAAAGUUGAGGUUUUAACAUGCACCAGUCGUGAAUUUGUUGGUACUGAAACAUCUCCAGCCAGGAAAUGCAGGAAAUGUAACCAGUAUUUCUGUCUCAAGUGCAACGUCCCGUGGCACUAUAAUAUGACUUGCCGUGCUUACCAAAGUUCUCCAAGACUUCCAUCAGGUGAGUCAGUGGUGAAGGCUCUUGCAAAUAAGAAAAAGUGGCGCCAAUGUGUGAAGUGCAACAACAUGGUCGAACUUGCUUCUGGCUGUUAUCACAUCUAUUGCAGAUGUGGAUAUGAAUUCUGCUAUACUUGUGGGGCUGAAUGGAAGAACAAGAAAGCAACGUGCAAAUGCGUACUAUGGGAUGAGCAUAAUAUCGUUCGCAAGCGUUAAAGAAGAUGGGUUAAGCAAUUACCAGGUGAUUUUUGGCUUACUAGGUUGUCUGACGUUAUUAUUGUGCCACUUUUCUUAGUUUUUGUAACUACUAUCAUAUUUGAUCACCAACUGUUAUGCUGGCAGUUCUUAAAAAAUGUAUCAUCACAUU